CAUAAUCAUAUUCAGAUACUUCCAUUAGUGUCUGUAACGGGGUUAAAUAAUAAUAGAGCUUUGAUGCCUGAGAUGAUAAUUGAUGUUUUUCUGGAAGUUGAAUAUGUAGUUAAUGUUGAGGGGUGUUCAGAAAAGUAAUAAAUUAUGGAGGAUUUACAGGAUGUUCAGGUACACAAAGCUUUCAUUAUUUUAUGACAGCUGACAUCAUUAACAUCUACAGUACGUACAGUAGAAGUGUGUGUGAUCCUCUGAAGCAGUGCUGUAGUUUCACACUUAUCUUUCUGAAAGAGAAAGGUCUCUCAGGUCUGGAGAGAAACAGGCUGACUUCACAGAAAUCACAUGACCUGCUUAUAUGUGUGUGUGUGUGUGUGUGUGUGUGUGUGUGUGUGUGGUAAGCAUAUAAAGCAGUUACAGAGGGAAGUGAAACCGAACUCGUCCUCCCGUCCUGAUCAGAGACAGAUUCUGGGACUGAACGUUGAGGAGCGUCAGACUUCACCCCCUCCGUGUAUUCACAGAUGACGUGAGGAGUUCUGGAGAUUUAAAUCCAGAAAUCACAAAAACUUUUGGAUCCUAAACCGAACGACUGAGCUGAGAACAGCCGACAGAUCCAGAGAGCGUCAGGAGCAACACUCGCCAACAAGACGGAUGAACUGAGAGAGACCACAAAGAUUCGACAAGCCUAUGCUGACAUAAUUACAUAAUUACAUAAUUAUCUUGUGUAGUCAGUCAGAUAGCUAUGGAGUCAGUGGUUUCAUCAUCUUUACAUGCUGCUGGAGAAUCAGAGGAAGCCAAAACUGGUUCUGAUCCUGCUAAUUCACAACAAAAUAAUUGUGAUUCAAAUGAGAAAGGGAGAAUUAAACGACUUGCUGAUGCUGUUAAAGAGAAAAGCAAACGUCUGGAACACACAGGUUCUCUCAGUGUUCAUAGAAUCUCCUUGAAAGAUGACAAAAUCAAUGUCGCUGGGUGCAGGCGUUUCAGUUUUGGCAAAGAGUCCAGUAAACGUAACCAAACCGUCAUGGUUCUCGGUGCAACUGGUGCUGGAAAGUCAACUCUGAUCAACGGGAUGAUGAAUUACAUUCUGGGUGUUAAAUGGGAGGAUUCAUUUCGGUAUAAGUUAGUUGACGAGCGUCAGACAAACUCACAGGCUCACAGCCAGACUUCUGCAGUCACUGUGUACAAAAUCAACCACCAGGAUGGUUUUAAAAUAGAUCACUCACUGACCAUUGUUGACACUCCAGGUUUUGGAGAUACAAGAGGCAUAGAAAGAGACAGGGAGAUUGUAGAACAGCUGCAUAACCUCUUCACAGCUAAACAUGGUGUCAGUGAAAUAGACACUGUGUGUUUUGUAGCUCAGGCUGCUUUAGCACGACUCACACCAACACAGAAAUAUGUGUUUGACUCGGUGCUCUCCAUCUUUGGUAAAGAUGUGGCAGAAAACAUCAGAGUCCUGGUGACGUUUGCAGACGGUCAACGUCCACCAGUUCUAGAGGCCAUCAAUGCUUCAGGUGUCCCAUGUCCUAAAACAGAAGACGGACUGCCAGUUCACUUCAAAUUCAAUAAUUCAGCCUUGUUUGCAGACAACAAAUCAUCUGCAGCAGGCAGCAUGAGUGAGGAUGAUGAAGAUGGAGGCUUUGAUCAGAUGUUUUGGAACAUGGGGACAAAAAGCAUGAAGAAGUUCUUUGCAGCUCUGAAUCUCAUGGAAACCAAAAGUUUGACGAUGACAAAGGAGGUCCUGAGAGAAAGACAGCAGCUCGAGAAUACAGUUGAAAAUUUGCAGAUUCAGGUUAAAGUUGGGUUAGCCAAACUUGAGGAGACAAAAGAGACGAAAGAAAAACUGAAAGAGCACGAGGCAGAGAUCAGCAGAAAUGAGAACUUUGAGUUUGAAGUCACUGUAAUGAAGCCUUUUCAAGAAGAUAUUUCUGGUUCUGGUUGUUACAUUACCAAUUGUCAGCAGUGUCAUCAGACCUGUCACUAUCCCUGUGGAAUACCCAAUGAUGCAGAUAAAGCAGGCUGUUGGGCAAUGGGACCAGAUGGACACUGCACAGAGUGUCCACGUAAAUGUCACUGGAGUCUUCAUUAUAAUCAGAAGUACAAAUGGGAGUAUAAGGCAGUUAAAGAAAAACGAACAGUGCAAGAGAUGAAAGAAAAGUACUUGAAAGCCUCAGAGGCCAAGUCUCCCUUUCAGGCACUGAUGCAAAAACUGAAGGCUGAAUUUGAUCGUUUGCAGAAUGAGGUGGUGAAACUGGUGAAGAAAUCAGGAAAGUGUUUAAACAGACUUAAAGAGAUAGCACUGAAGCCAGAUCCUCUCUCCACUCCAGACUACAUUGACAUGCUGAUUGAGGGAGAGAAACAUGAAGGCAAGCCAGGCUGGAAGCAACGAGUUGAGUCCCUGAUGAACAUGAAAGAAAAGGCAGAGUGCAUGGCUAAAGUGGCGAGAGGAGAUCCUCCAGAGUUCAUACAGCCUGGUUUCCAGUGUUAGUCUGAGACUAACACUGUUCAGAGGACGAUUCAUGCAGCUUUUGAUCAUCUGAGAUUUAGAAAAGAAAGACAAAAAAACUAAAAACUAAAUUUCACUUUAUCCAAUAUCAGACGACAUAACAACCUUUAACAGAAGUGAACAUUCUAUUUCUGUUCUUAAAUUAAAGGUUUAGUGACAUCUAGUGGUGAAGUUGCAGAUUGCUGCCAUCGACAUACAGUAUAUAAAGAUGGAUGACGUGACAGCUCCCCAAAAGUGAAGCCAAAGUUUAUUUACAUAUAUUCAUUUAUCCUCUAUAUAUACAUUUUGUCUAGAAACUUGUUAGAAAGUUUCCUUUGAGCUGUUUGUGGUGAUUUGGUUUUAAUACUUUUGUCAGAAAUGUUUCAUUAUUUUGAUCAUGUUGUGCUUCCCUUCAUCUUUUUUUUUAUUUUUACUCAUUUAUUAUUAUCAUUUAAUCACUUAUUUAGCUGAUCAUUAUUUUGAUUAUCAUUUGUCAUUUCUUAUCAUUCAUGUAUGUUUUUUACUUUGCACGAUAAGUUUCCUUUUCAGACUGGUUCUGACAUGCUGAACCUCUCUCUGGGUUGAGGAGCUUGCAUGUGCGAGCCUCAGCAGAGGUGGAGUAUUAAAGGAAGGUUCUUCACGUCGUUCAUCUUUUCUGAGAGUCAGACUGCAGGGCUCUAGGUAAAGCAGGGAUAUCAGACUGGUUGCUUUCCUGAUGUGGGAACAAGAACAAACCUUCUGUGAAUAACUGAUGUCAGUUCAGAGAUUAGAUAAUAAAAAGUGAAGAGACAGAUGUGACUGAACGUUUUGAAAGUCACAAUUAAUCAAUUUGAUCCAUAGUUUAGUCAUAUCGAGGAUUCUGAACAGAACUCAAUCAAUGUUUUCAUUUUUAUAUUUUAAAUGUUCUAAUUCUUCUUUCUUUGAAUUGAAUCUACAAACUGUUGUUGGGAAAAUAAAAAAUAUAUAACCUUUGAAAGUC